AUGCCGGUGUCAGCUCAGACUUGUUUAGCGGGCGCGCCCUUGGCUCUGCCCAUGCUUCGGGCCGUGCUGCGGGGUCUUGGGCACUCAGUCCUGCGGAGGCCCCUGCAGCGGGUCUCUGCCUUGGGGAGCCGCGGCUGGUGUAACGGCGGCGGCGAUGGCGAAGGGCGCUCCGGCCCCCGGCGUGCCCGGGACGGCCGCGCCUACUUCACGACCCCUAUCUUUUACGUGAACGCGGCGCCGCACAUCGGACACCUGUACUCGGCGCUGCUGGCCGAUGCGCUGGCCCGCUACCGGCGCCUCUGGGCCAAGCCCCCGCCGGGCCCGGGCCCCGCCGCCCCCCUGGUCCGCUUCUCCACAGGCACCGACGAGCACGGGCUGAAGAUCCAGCAGGCGGCCGCCGCGGCGGGCUUGACCCCGUCGGAGCUCUGUGACCGGGUGUCCGGGCAGUUCCGGGCGCUCUUCCAGGAGGCCGGCGUUUCCGUUACCGACUUCAUCCGCACCACGGAGGCCCGGCACCAGCGCGCCGUGCACCACUUCUGGGGGGUCCUGCGCGCCCGGGGGCUGCUCUACAAGGGGCUCUACGAGGGCUGGUACUGCGCCUCCGACGAGUGCUUCCUGCCCGAGGCCAAAGUCACCUGGCGCCCAGGCCCCGACGGGGAAAGGCGCCCCGUGGCCCUGGAGAGCGGGCAUCCAGUCUGUUGGAUGAAAGAGGAAAACUACAUCUUCAGACUCUCCCAGUUCAGGGAGCCUCUCAGGCAGUGGCUCCAGGACGACCCUCAGGCCAUCACUCCUGAACCUUUCCGCCACAUUGUCCUCCAGUGGCUGGAGGAGGACCUGCCAGACCUCUCGGUGUCUCGGGGGAAUAGCCAUUUGUACUGGGGCUUCCCCGUUCCUGGUGAUCCAGUGCAGACCAUCUACGUGUGGGUCGAUGCCCUGGUCAACUACCUCACUGUCAUAGGUUACCCUGACUCGGAACAGAAGGUCUGGUGGCCCACUACCCACCACAUCAUAGGCAAAGACAUCCUCAAGUUUCAUGCCGUCUAUUGGCCUGCUUUGCUCCUGGGAGCCGGGAUGACCCCCCCUCAUCGCAUAUAUGUACACUCCCACUGGACAGUACAUGGCCAGAAGAUGUCCAAGAGUCUGGGCAAUGUGGUUGAUCCUUGGACUUGUUUGGAUAGGUUUUCUGUGGAUGGCUUUCGAUACUUCCUCCUAAGGCAAGGUGUCCCUAACUGGGACUGUGACUACCAUGAAAAGAAAGUAGUCAAGUUGCUUGAUGCUGAGCUGGCAGAUGCACUGGGGGGGCUCCUGAAUCGAUGUACCGCCACUAGCCUGAAUCCUACUGGGAUCUUCCCAGAAUUCUGCCCCUCCUGUUUCCCUUCUGUGGAGGGUGUAACCGUGGCUCCAGCAAAGGCCCAGCCAGAGGACUAUGCUUUGGUGAGGUCAGUGUCAGCUUUGCCCCUACAUGUGGAGAACUACUACGAGAAUUUUCAAAUCUAUAAGGCCUUGGAAGCAGUGUCCAUUUGUGUCCGGCAGACUAACAGCUUUGUGCAGCGGAAUGCACCUUGGAAGCUUAACAGGGAAAACUUGGCUGAUGCUCAAUGGCAGGACACAAUACUACAUGUAACACUAGAGUGCCUUCGAGUCUUUGGGAUAUUGCUUCAGCCAGUUACCCCAGCACUAGCUGACAAGCUUCUUUCCCGGCUAGGUAUCUUUGAGACUGAGAGGGGCCUUCGGGACAUCUGCUUCCUUCCUCGAUACUAUGGGCAACCUUGUCCCUUUGAAGGGAGAAGACUAGGACCUGACACUGGACUCUUGUUUCCAAGACUGGAUAAAUCUAGGGCACGGCUGGCAAAAGUUCAUAGCACUUAGAUGACAGUUUUUAAGAACUGUGUUUUAAAAGUCAGGAAAAUGUCUUUGUUGUGUUCCAGAAAGCUGGGUGGAUAGUUUCUCAUAUGACUCCUCCAGGGGGGUAUGGGGAGGAGGUAUGAUGUGAACCUAGUACCUGGGAAAAAGGGUUUAUAUGAGUCCAGGUACCUAGUUCCUAUACUCUUUAAUCCCUUGAACCCUUAACUACUUUAUUUAGUAUUGGUAACUUGAGUAUGUAGGGUGGGAAGGAUGGGGAAGAUAAAAGACAGAGCUGCUGGUACUUUUCCCCCUAAUUGUGCUACCUGAGCCACCACCAACUUUUCUGGCCAAAUAAAUUGAAAUUAUCAGGUUA